AUGACCGCGACGUCAAGGGUGACGAACAGAAGUCAGACACAGUGCUCGCUGUGUCAUGGACACCAUCCCAUCGACACCUGUAGAUGCUUCAUUGAGAUGAAUACAACUGACCGCCUCUCACUAGUGCGACGAGAGCGGCGGUGUUUGUCUUGCUUCGGCUAUAAUUACUGGAUCACGACAUGUCCCCGAAAGGUGAAGGUGGGAGCUAAGAGCCAAGAUCCAAGAAACUCCAUCAUUACGGGUGCCGUCUUAGAUUCAGGUAGUGAUAGAUCUUAUUGUACACGUGGUCUAGCAGAUCGUCUACAAGCCAAAGGGGAGCCAGUGCAGCUAACUAUUGGCACAAUUAUGUGUGAAGAUAAACAGUUAAACACUGAACAACUUGAUUUAAUGUUCCAUGCUCCAAAGGAAGUGGAACUUUUAAUAGGCUUAGAUAUACCCCAAGCCCUAGUACCAUUAGAAGUAAGAUCUGGAAAGGAUGGAGAACCAUUCGCAACGCGCACCCUUCUUGGUUGGACAAUUAAUGGCCCUAUGGGACUAGACGGCCAUGAUGUAACCACAGUGAACAGUCACAUCACCACGACAAUUGCAGAAAAUCAAAGAAAACACCUGGACCACCAAGUCAACCUUUUAUGGGAACUAAAUGCCACCAACAACAACUGUGAUGAUCCCAUCUCUGUCGAAGACAAAAGAGUCACGAAAUUAUGGUCAGAGAACGUAGUACAAGUGGAUGGACAUUACCAACUUCCCAUCCCAUUUCGCAACAAGAGCCCAGACCUUCCAGACAACAAAGAACUUGCUGAACGACGGUUGGCAAGCCUUAGGAGACGUCUCGUGAAACAUCCGGAACUCUUCAUCCGAUAUCAAGAAGAAAUGUCACGCUUACUUAGUGAAGGCCAUGCCGAGCGAGUUCCCUCUCAUAAUCUCAAUACUACACCUGGCAAGACUUGGUAUCUCCCACAUCAUCCAGUACUAAAUCCUAAGAAACCAGAAAAGAUGAGAAUAGUCUUCGAUUGUGCAGCCACUUAUAAGACGUUAUCAUUAAACAGUCAAGUGAUGCAAGGACCCGACCUUAACAACAACUUGAUGGGCGUCCUCCUCAGAUUUCGACAAGAAAGGGUAGCUAUAAUGGCAGAUAUUGAAGCUAUGUUCCACCAAGUGCUCGUGACUCCGGAACACAGAGACGCACUGAGAUUCCUCUGGUGGAACAAUGAACAUAUGUCAGGGCCUCCUGCUACGUACCGAAUGAAGGUGCAUCUGUUUGGGGGAGUGUGGAGCCCUUCAUGUGCAGCAUUUGCUCUACAACGAACAUUCCAGGAUCACGGAAAAUAUCUUCAUGAGGAGAUCCAGAAGGCGAGCCGCAAUUUCUACGUCGACGAUCUACUACACUCAGUAGAAUCCCCGGGCAAGGCUACAAUUGUCAUUCAUAGGCUCAGAAAGUUGUUAAACAAGGGAGGAUUCAGGCUCACAAAAUGGUCCUGUAAUCAAAAGAGGGUUCUUAAGGAAGUGCCACAGUCGGAGCAGGCCAUGGGAGUGAAGGAAAUCCUAUUGGGCGACAAGUUGCCCACGGAACGAGCGCUGGGCAUUCUGUGGGAUCUGGAAGAGGACGAAUUAGCGGUGCAAGUCCAAAUACCAAAGAAACCAGAGACGAAGCGGCGACGCUUCUCAGCAUGCCUAUGGCGUGGUGUCAUACCUGAGGAUGACAAAUGCAGAAGGAGCACAUCAAAUCUCUUUGUGUGUGGUAAGGCCAAGCUGGCCCCUCUGAAACAACAGACCAUACCCCGUCUUGAAUUGUGUGCUGCAGUAUUGGCCACAAGGGCAGACAAACAAAUACGUAAAGAGCUUGACCAAAGAAUCGAUAGAACGACGUUCUGGACAGACAGCACAGCCGUCUUACAGUAUAUUAGAAAUACUGAACGACGCUUUCACGUCUUUGUGGCCAACCGGAUUUCGGCGAUUCAUGAAGAAUCUAACCCAGAACAGUGGAGGCACGUGACCUCGUCAAUAAACCCGGCAGAUGACGCCAGUCGGGGCCUGAACGGAAUGGAGCUCUCGAGAAGCAGCAGAUGGAUUCGAGGGCCAGCUUUCCUCUCUUUAGAUGAAGAUCAGUGGCCAAGGAAUGACUUAGAGGUUCCAAAUCUCACUGAUGAGGACCCAGAAGUGAAAAAGGAAACUACAGUACUGGCAAUUAACGUAAGUCAAGGACAGGACAUCCUGGAGAAAUUAUGGAACAGAUACUCCUCUUGGUACAGGGUCCUGAAAGGAGUAGCGUGGAUUAGGAGAUUCCUACAAUGGCUGGUGGAGAAGAAAGAUGGGUCGUGUCAUCAGGGUAACAGACUCUUGGCAAGAGAGGUAGAAGAAGCAAGGCUUGCAGUAUUGAAGUGCCUACAAGGGAAACACUUCUCUCAAGAAAUUAAAACAUUAGAAGGGACACAGUGUGUAAAACAUGGCGAAAUGAUUCGAUUAAAACCUCAUUUGGGCAUGGAUGGCUUGAUCAGAGUAGGCAGCCGCUUGACACGAGCGGCCCUACAGACAGCCCAAAGGAUCCCGAUACUGCUACCGAGGGAGAACAGACUCACGGAACUUAUUGUGCAAGAAAUACAUGCCACCAAGACCGGACACUCAGGCCGUGAAUACACACUCGCGGCAUUACGUGAAAACUGGAUUCCUAAAUGCCGACGGCUACUUGAUCGCGUGUUACGGACCUGUGUAACGUGUCGAAGGACCAAUUGGACACACACGAGACAAAGAAAGGCCGAUCUCCCUGAGGAUCGUCUGCCCUCUGGAGACCAGCCGUUUACCUACACAGGUGUAGAUUGCUUUGGCCCUAUCCUGGUUAAACAUGGACGAGCUCGUGCAAAAAGAUGGGGUUGUUUAUUUACUUGCCUGACCACCAGAGCCAUACUUACUUCUCUAAGUGCAGACUCUUUCAUUUCUGCUCUAACAAGGUUCACGGGACACAGAGGUACUCCCAAACGCAUUCACUCUGACAAUGGAACAAAUAUGCUUGGAGCCAUCCAUGAACUAAAGGAAGCAGUGAGCAGUUGGCAUAAUAAUAACAUAGUCAGAGACGCUAUCCUACGACGCCAAGUAGAAUGGCGAUUCAAUCCACCAAAGGCUUCGCACAUGGGCGGAGUAUGGGAACGCCAAAUCCGGACAGUAAGGAAGGUCCUUCAGGCAGUAGUAGGCUCCCAAAUACUGGAUGAUGAACGCCUUCAUACACUAUUCUGUGCUGUGGAAAAAAUCGUUAAUGGAAGAAGACCUAUCACUCCUGUGUCCGACGACCCCAAUGACCUUACAGCACUAACGCCACUUCACUUACUCCGGAUGGGAGCUGAAUCCCUCCCUAUUGGCAAUGACCUGACUGUAGCAGAUACAUACCGCCGUCGAUGGAAACACGCUCAGUAUAUAGCAGAUCAGUUAUGGAAAAGGUGGCUCAAGGAAUAUCUUCCUACACUCCGGCAAAGACGAGGACCCUUAAGAACUCGAUGCGACUGGCACCCUGGCGACAUCGUACUCAUCACGGAUCAACCCCUACCUCGAAGUCAAUGGAUGCUUGGCAGAAUACUAGAAGUGAUACCAAGUGAAGAUGGCUUUGUUCGCCAAGUCAAGGUGAAGACAGAAAACUCUGUUCUCACACGCCCAGUGUCCAAACUUUGCCAGUUAGAAGGCGCAACAACGCCCCAUGAGUAUGGUUUCGAGGUCCGACAGAUGAGGUCAGAGGGUGAGUUCACUGCCUCAUGCCAGGCCACACCAAGGAGCAGCCCUCAACAAGCUAUCGCAGAGUACACGUUAACAUCGUCAUCUCCUUGUAACGAGCCGUAG